AUGAGCAUGGAGGCUGGCGCAGAGGCACAACAAAGUGGUGAAUCAGCUAUCUCAGACUCCGAGGCCCAGCACAUCACCCUGGCUCAGGUGCCCAUAGCAGCGAGCCAGGUGUCCUCCAGCAGUCCCACAGUCACUGUAGUGCAGCUCCCCAACGGUCAAACGGUCCAAGUGCACGGGGUGAUUCAAGCUGCUCAGCCAUCAGUCAUUCAAUCCCCGCACAUCCAGACGGUGCAGAUUGCAACCAUAGAGAACGAAGACUCUCAGGAAUCUGUUGACAGCGUCACAGAUUGCCAAAAAAGAAGAGAGAUUUUGUCCAGAAGACCUUCUUAUAGGAAGAUUCUAAACGACUUGUCGUCAGACUCUCCUGCCGUACCCCGGAUUGAAGAAGAGAAGUCAGAAGACGACUCUGCCUCAGCCAUAACCACCGUCACUAUGCCCACUCCCAUCUAUCAGACCAGCAGCGGCCAGUACAUUGCCAUUACCCAGGGUGGGGCCAUUCAGCUGGCCAACAAUGGCACCGACGGAGUGCAGGGCCUGCAGACGCUGACAAUGGCCAACGCUACUGCAGCCCAACCCAGCGCCACCAUCCUGCAAUACGCUCAGACCAGCGACGGGCAGCAGAUCCUAGUCCCUAGCAACCAAGUAGUCGUACAAGCUGCUUCUGGUGACGUCCAGACCUAUCAAAUCCGCACAGCUCCAACCAGCGCCAUUACUUCCGGGGUCGUCAUGGCAACUUCACCUGGACUGGGGACAACCGGAGGAACGGAGGAAGUGACACGUAAAAGGGAGGUCCGAUUGAUGAAAAACAGAGAGGCGGCCCGAGAGUGUCGUAGGAAGAAGAAGGAGUACGUCAAGUGUCUGGAGAACCGGGUUGCCGUGCUGGAGAACCAGAACAAAACCCUCAUUGAGGAAUUAAAAGCCCUUAAAGACUUGUAUUGCCACAAGUCUGAGUAAAGACUCAGACCCCCUGAGGGGGCGGGGCUUGGCAGGCUCCACCUCAGUAAAGACUCAGCUCUGAGCAUCUGUAAGCCACUCCUCCUUUUCUACUCUUCUGCUUUCUUUUUUUUUUUUUUUUGUAAAGUGCUGGUAUUUUUGUGAAGCAACUCAAGAGUGUCGUGGGUUUCCCGUCAAAGUGUGGGCCGGCGUUCCGAACGAACGCACAGAAGACUUCGAACUGUUUC